CCUGAGGUAAGACGGCAGCGGCUACAGCCCCGGCCACCCCCAAGCAUGGCGGGGAAGGCGUCUAACCUCCUCGUGGCCCUGGUUCUGCUCGCCACACUGAUGCCAGUCGUCCCCAGGUUCCGAGGGAGUCGCUGCCUCUGUAUCGGCCCCAGAGUGAACUCGGUGACCCCGAUGCAGAUCAAGAGCAUCUCUGUCUUCCUCCCGACCAGCACCUGUGACCGCAAGGAGGUGAUCGUCACCCUGAAGAAGGGGAAGGGGCAGAGGUGUCUGAACCUGGACUCCAAGCAAGCUCAACUCAUUCUCAAGAGAAUAGUGGAAAUAAAAAAGGUCCCGCAAGAGAAGAGGACCUGAGAAGCCCAUCCCGAGGCUACAGUCCCGGACCUGUAAGCUCCCGGGGCCUGGUGGCGCCUUUUUUUCCGACCCCUCUCUCCAGGUUCCUCCCGGAUGCCUGCAGCUCGAACCUUCCCCCCACGUGGCUGCUUUCCUUCGCUCGCCCUUGCUCCAGUCACCGUCCUCUGCGUACUGGGCCUUCUCUGCGCUGGAACCAAGGAUAACCGCCAGGCUGCCAGCAUAUACUCUGCAAUAAAAUUGUGAACAUUAAAACCA